AUGUCAACACUCUCCCAGCUGGCAGUACCCUUCGUUUACGGCCUGAUUUUCUUCCUGGGAUACCCAUCACAAUGGAUGUUAAUGCACCUCGAGCCUGAGCCGCUGACGAAGAAUGAACUCAUUGCGUCGAACGUCAUCCUAGUCUUGAUUUGGAUUACAUAUACAAAGAGUGUGUUUGUUGAUCCUGGGACGGUACCAAAAGAUUGGGCAGAGAAAGAGCUUAGGGAUGAGAAGGAGGGUGAUGCGGUGGCGAAGAGCAGGAAAUGGUGUAGGAAAUGCGAUGCUGCGAAACCACCGAGGGCACAUCACUGUAAAGAGUGCAAAAGAUGCAUACCCAAGAUGGACCAUCAUUGCCCCUGGACCGCAAACUGCGUAUCCCAUACCACCUUCCCGCACUUCCUCCGCUUUCUCUUCUACACCACCAUUGGCCUCUCGAUCCUGGAAGCCUUCCUCUUCACGCGGCUCGCCCACCUCUGGAGCAACCGCGACCUGCCCUCCUACCUAGGCCCAUCCUUCCUGCAACUCGCACACCUCUUCACCACGCUCAUCGCAAACAGCAUUACCCUCUUCGUGCUAGGCAUCCUCUUCCUGCGAAACAUCUGGUGUCUGUCCGUCAACACAACCACAAUCGAAGGCUGGGAGAUCGAGCGCCACAAGACCCUCCUGCGGCGCGCACGCCACUUCGGCGGCUACUUAUCCACCCCAGACGGCUCGCAAAUUCGGAUCAAACGCCAGGAAUUCCCGUACGACAUCGGUAUUUUUGCCAACAUCGCGCAGGGCAUGGGGUCCUCCAAUCCGCUCAACUGGCUCAACCCAUUCGCUGCGACACCUUCCUUAGCAUCUGGGCUAAGCUUUGAAACAAACGAUUUCGAAGACGCAUCUACGACCUGGCCACCUCCGGACCCAGAUCGUUCGUACCGCCGGCGCGUCAAAGAAGAGGGACCCGCAUUCACGUAUCGGGACGCAGAGCUGAGCAAGGAGGAUACGCUUGCUGCAUUUCGGGCACGGCAGGCAGAGGAUGAGAUGAGGAGGCGGAAGCCAUUUGUUGAGCGUAUGGAGGCUGUUCGAGAUACCGGGGGUGAUGAUUAUGAGUAUGAUCAUAUGGACGAUGCUAGUGAAGAGGCUGAGGAUGAGGGGAGAAAGUAUGGAGAGGGAGAUGAGGGCGAGGAAGGGUGGCGGAACUCUGAGGGUGAGAGGCUGAAGGAUUUUGGUGUUGAUGAGGAUGCUGAGUUUUAUGAUGAACAGGAGGACCAUAUACCGCUCAGUGAGUUGAUGGCGAGGAGGCAGGUAGCGGCUGCUUCUGCCUCGGAGGGAUGGUCGAUGUCAGGAUCAACUUAUUAG